AUGUCCGGAGGUUACGAGGUUGACUACGAUUCCGACUGCGAUGUCUACGAUUACGAUGAUGAUUACAUCUAUGCCGAUGCAGGAGCCUACGACCUAGCCGAUGAACUUGCUUCUGGUGCCAUAGCCGAGGCACCCGCCCUGUACUACCGCGAUGACGAGCUCGACGAAUACGACAACUACAACUUCUGGUCCGAGAUAGAAUACGGCAACGGCGAGAUUUUUGAUCAAGAGAUGGCCCAGGAAGAACACACAGCCAAAGGCGACACGAAAAAGAAGUCAAAGGCUUCAGACAUCAAAGAUACAAUGAAGAAGAUUCGCUUGCGCGGCAUUCAAGAUUAUCCGACUGUCUUGUGGAAGUCCUCACAGGAUGCUUUCAGCUUGCGCCAACAGUGUCCCGUCUACGAAAAACCACAACAACCAUCUGCACUUUUACCCAAUUGGCGACAACUUCUGAAAGACCGACCCGCCGUUUUCACUACAUCCCACAUUGCCAUACAUUCUGCUAAGAAUGAGAAACAAGAUGCCGAGUGGGAGGAUGUCUCAGGAGACGAAGACGAGUCAGAUCAAGAUGACGAGGACGAGGAAGAGGAGGACGAAGACGCACAUGAAGAAGAGGGCAUGGGUCUGCAGGACAUUGACCCAGAAAUGCUCAAGUCUGUUCUCGCCGCAAGACUCUCCGCCUCAGGUAUGGCUGGCAAAGACCAAACCGCCAUAAUGGAAGCCAUGUUGCAAAUGCUUGCAGGCGGCAAUGGUGCUGGCACGGAUGAGCUGCUCGAGAGUUUGACAUCAAGCAUGUUGAACCAAGUGAGCGAAGAAGGCGAUAGCUCUUCAAUGGGACAAUGGCUCUCUGGUCAGGGCGUCUCCUUGGACGAUAACAAUCACGACGACGAGCAGGGAGACGUCACGCCCGGCGCGGCAGAGGACUCCUCACCGAAAGACAGCGUAGCAGCUGAACCGCCUGCUGCGCCCAAAUCAUCCGAACCGUCUAUCGAAGCUCUACUCGAGCCGCAAUCAGUCGGAAAGAAGCGAAAACAUCCUCUGUCCAAAGAGAUUAAACAAGACGAUGCGAACAUUGAGCCAAUACCUGAUGAAGGCCCAGAUCACAAAAGAAGCAAGCCAGAAGUUCCAAAACUUUCGACUGUCUCUACUCAGUCCAAAAUCUCAACACGAAGAACAGCAGUGACACAGUCGGAAGCGAAGACCGUGGACGACAAGCCCACUGCGAAACCAAAGACCACUACNGACGGCCAAGACCAGGCCCGAGACGACGAAAACUACCAGACCCAAGCCUCUGACCACUCAAGCAAAGAGAACAUAACUUCAUCCGCUUCGACUACAAAACCGACCACGCGAAAGCGCAAAGCUGCAGACGAGCAAGUGCCAGACGAGAAGCCAAAGCGGCAAUUGCGCAACUUUGCCGCACCAACCGCGAGCAGUCAAAGCAGAACCGCAGAAGCUAAGACUUCUGAGCCCAAGACUACAAGAAGCGGAAAGGCCAGAAAAUAG